UUUAAAAUUUUUUCUAUUUGUAUUUUAGGUUUUAAUAGAUAAUAAUUUUGUGAUUCAAGAUGUUUACAACCUUUUUAAUUAUGUACUUAAACUAGUUCGGCAACAAUAACUUUAUGAUGUUGGAAUUAUUUUUAAAACAAAUACAGUUCGAUCAUUUUUAUUCAAAGUGUUUUAACAAGUUUUUUAUUUAUUCUUGAUGAAAAAAAAAGCAGCUAAUGAUUUUUAGCAAGAAUCUCAUUUUAGAGUGGUGUCGAAAUGAGCUUACUCUUAACAACUGAUCAAGGAUGGUUGAUUUCUCAUUUGAAUUAUUUACAUGAUAUUUACAACAAUGUUGAUAACAAUGAUCAAACGUUAGAAAUGAAAUUUGAUUAUCGUUUUUUUGCUAUAAACUCGCCGUUUUUACGUCAAAACCAAGUUUCUAAAUUAAAUAAUAAAACUUCAGCUGAAAAUAAAAGAAUACGAAAAAAAAAAUCUGCUAAUAUUUCAUCAAUAAAAUUAGAUGAAAUUCAAUUUAUUCGAUACUCAUUAAAAAAAAUGAUAAGUAAAGCUAUAGAACAGAAUUUAUUUUCCCACGAAGUUAUGAAUGAUUAUAACAAAGAAGCUCGUGAAGUUUCUUCAAAGUUUUACGAAACUCCUUAUGAUUUUUGUCAAUUACAUGGAAGCAAUCAAUUAGAAAGAAAUUUAAUCGCUAAAAUAAAUUCUGUUGAGUUUUUGUUUCCAAAAAAGUGUUGUUUUUAUGCUGAUGACAUAAAAAAUAUUCCUAAAAAACUUACUAUGACGAAUCAAUUUAAUUUUAUACUUAUGGAUCCACCUUGGUACAAUAAAUUUGUAAAAAGAAAUAAAAAACAAAAAUAUAACAUGAUGAACGAUGAAAUGUUAUGUACAAUACCAAUAAAUAAAUUGUUAAGUUCAAAUGGAAUAAUAGCAUUAUGGUGUACAAAUGCUGAUAGUCAUUUAAAAUUUAUUUUAAACGUUGUUUUUCCACAAUGGAAAGUAAAAUUCAUUGGUAAAUGGUUCUGGGUUAAGGUAACUCAAUUAGGAACACCAAUUUGUGAAUUCAAUGAUAAACUAGGAAAACAGCCCUACGAAUUAUUGAUUUUUGGCUCUUUGAUUGAAUCUUGUACAAAAGUACCUGAUAAAAAAUUACUUGUUAGUGUUCCAAGUGCAAUUCAUUCUCAUAAACCACCUAUCAUUGAAGUAAUGGAACCUUACCUACCUCCAGAACCAAAUUGUUUAGAAAUUUUUGCUCGAUAUCUUUUACCAAACUGGACAAGCUGGGGUUUAGAAGUGUUGAAAUUGCAGCAAGCAUCUUUUUAUAAUAUUGACUCCAAUGAUUAAAUAAUUUUUUAAAUUCAUUUCUAUAGGGAAUUUCUUUGCUGAUGCCAAACAUGUAGUAGUGAUACCAACACUAAAUUACCAUCUUGCCAAAU